GACUGGAGAACGUGUCCGUGUGCACUGUGCUUCAGUAACUCGUCCGAAACCGUAGACGGUUAGACGUGCGUUCGGGUACUUGUUCUUGAAAGUAAUAGAUAUAAAUUUUGUUUUGUUUACAAACGUGUUUUGAUUCGCCGGUAGAACGUUAAAAAAAUUUAAUUGUUUCGACUUUUCGGUAGUUUGCGGAUAAUACUAAUAUUGUACCUAAGCGGCCAAACACUUGUGCUUACCGAUGGUCAAACGUUAUCGGGCCGAUACAGUCAUGGCAUUGUUCACGGCUGUUCUACAGUGAAGACUUACCGAAGAAAUCACCAUGCUUCUCGGACCAAAACUGAUUGUCGGCUUGAUCCUAUGGGCGUCCGAGUACAGAGAAACCGACGGUCACGGCCGACUCAUCGAACCGCCUUCCAGGUCGUCCAUGUGGAGGUAUGGCUUCAGCACGCCACCGAAUUACAAUGAUCACGAACUGUAUUGCGGAGGCUUCACUAAACAGUACCAAGUGAAUGGCGGCAAGUGCGGUAUAUGCGGCGACCCGUGGGACGCCCCUCAACCGAGACCGCACGAAGCUGGUGGCAAAUACGGCCAAGGAGUUAUCGUGCGACGUUACAAAAUCGGCCAGCCGUUCAUUGUGCGCGUCGAGCUGACCGCCAACCACCGCGGUUACUUCGAGUUCAGAUUGUGCCCGAACAACGCGCCCAAACAGGUGGCCAGCCAGGCGUGCCUGGACAAGUACGUGCUACGGCGGGUGAAGACCAAGGAUGCGGACGACACGUUCCACGAGACCCGGUUUUAUCCGGGCACCGAGAACAAGGUUUACGAAAUGCGGUACUCGCUGCCGGAGGGUCUGACGUGCAGCCAAUGCGUGUUGCAGUGGAAGUACGUGGCCGGCAACAACUGGGGAGUGUGCGCUAACGGUACCGGGUCCGUAGGGUGUGGGCCACAAGAAGAGUUUAGGGCGUGCGCCGACGUGUCAGUUUCCGACAGGGACGGCACUGUGGACACUUCGCCGUACCCGACGCCGGAGAUCGUCACCGUGAAGUCCACCACGACGUCGAUGACCACCAGCACGGAAGAGGAAUCUGUGGACACCAACGAAAUACCAGACGGACCGGAAAAAUACAAACCGCAAGCUUCUGGGUUCAACGUGGUCGUAUUCGUCAUAUCCAUUAUAUUGUUAUCGUUGGGCUUCAUCAUGGUGGUGUUCGUAUUCGUGUACUGGUACUUCUACCAUGCCGGCGAUACCAUCAAAUCGUGGUGGAGGAGAAUAGCCGAAACCUCGUCGACAUGUUUGCGAACCGGUAAAGACGAAAAGAACGACGAACAGCCUGUGCCUCCGCCAAGGCUCAAAAAAACUACUAUCGGUUUCAAAGGUGUGCCGGACAAUUUAGUCUAAUUAUAUCUAAAUGAAAGGUCAUCCAUCCUCUACUAGUGUCUAGACAUUUCUGUCUGUUUCACAUGUUAUUAUUGUGAUUAUACACUUAGGACUAAGAGUUAGUUUUGUUCUUACUACAGUGUUAAAUUAUAAAAUUGUAAAUAUUUAAUUAUUAAGACAACUUAUUGUGUACAAUAUUAUUAGGUAUAUAUUUAUAUUUUAUAAUUAUUAUUUUUAUUAAAUUAAUUACUACAAACCUAUUAAUUACAAGGUGUUUAGAAUUAAAUUGUGCUAUAAGG